UUUUAUUUCGUGUAACGCGUCUGCUAUGCCUAUCCUUGAGAAUUCGUCUUCGCCGCCGGCUUCGUCGCCGUUGCCGUCGUCGCAAGUGAACGCCGACGCAUCUCCGCCAGGCGACGAGGUCUCGCUGAAGAAUUACAAGCCCUCGUCUGCAGACAUGGCGUACUACUACGAGCACUUUCUGCCCUUCAAAUCCAUCUACCUGUGGCUGAAUCACUCGCAGGCCGCGCAGGCUGACUUCACGAUGCGCGAAUUUGCGUUUGAGUACAAAUCGGGCGCGUACCAGCGGUACAACUCCUUCCAUUCGGCCUCAGAAUUCAAGCAGUCGGUGGUCAAGGCCCAACCAACGCGGUUUGAGGUCGGAGCGGUGUAUCCUGUGGAGCCGCGGAUGCGCAAAAGCGUGUCAAAGGCUUUGAUGAAGCCGAUCGCAAAGGAAUUAGUGCUAGAUAUCGAUCUGACCGACUACGACGACGUGCGGACCUGCUGCUCGGGCACAGAUAUCUGUCCCAAGUGCUGGCGGUUCAUCACUCUGGCAGUGAAGAUUGUGCACCGUGCGCUGCAGGAGGACUUUGGAUUUGAGCACUUGGUGUGGGUUUUUUCUGGAAGAAGAGGUGUGCAUUGCUGGGUGAGCGACUACCGGGCGCGGAUUUUGGACGAGACGAGAAGGCGGGCAAUUGUGGAGUAUCUGGACGUUUUGAGCGUCAAAUCGAAAAAGACCUUGAAUCUGAAGAAGCCGUACCAUCCACAUGUGGAGCGAGCGUUCGAAGUGUUGCGCGACGAGUUCGUGGAGGUGAUUUUGAAGCAGCAGGAUCCGUGGAGCUUGCCCGACAGAGCAGAGGCUCUGGCGCGGACGGUGCCCGACUACAAACUGUCGAGCGCGCUGAUCAGACACUGGAAGGAAGUGCCGGGCCGGACGAGUGCGGAGAAGUGGCUCGACGUGGACGCACUGUACCAGCAGCUCAAGGUACGGUCAUUUGAUCUACAGGAUUGGAAAAAAGAGACCAUUUUCGCCACAAUGUAUCCGCGACUGGAUGUGGAGGUGUCGCGGCAGAUGAACCAUUUGCUGAAGUCGCCCUUCUGUGUGCAUCCAGGCACGGGAAACGUGUGUGUGCCGUUUGACCCAUCCGAGAAAGACUUCGAUCCGUUUGCAGACACGCCGAACCUGGGCGUGUUGGUGGGAAGCGGCGAGACGGAGUGGCAGAAGACAGGGCUGCGCCACAGCGUGGAGCUCUUCAACCGGUUUGUUAAUCGCUUGGUGAGCGAGGAGGUGCGGCACAAGCGGGGCCGCGCCGAGGAUAAGGAAAAUCUGGAGUUUUAAAAAUAAAAUAAAAUCUAUUUUAUUUUUCGCUAUAUCCUGCCGUUAAAAAAAAUAUUCACAAUCUGGCGGUGUUUCUCCAAACGGCAGGUGAUAGGAGCAGGCUCAACAUAUAAAGAGCGGGAUCCGCACAUUGGUGCGCAUCGCACAAACACAGAAUGAGUGACCUGGAGUACAAGUUUGUGAGCGCACGCAAAGUGACUGUUAUUAGGGCGCCUUUCAGCGGCGGCCAAGGAAAGGGUGGUGUCGAGAGCGGUCCCGACAAGAUGGAAGAGUUUGGGCUGCUCAGGGACAUUGCUGAGCUCGGUUGGACUGCCACCGUUGACGACCCGCUGGCCAAGUUCGACCUUGCCACUCUCAAGGCCGACCCCAGCGACGUGUACGGCAACUGCAAAAGACCCAAGAUGGUGAGCGACUGUUGCCGGCUAAUUUUUGACGCUGCCACUGCGGCGCACGAAAACAAGACGCUGCCGGUGACUGUGGGCGGCGACCACUCGAUCGGCAUGGCCACGAUCUUGGCGUUUGCGAAUGCGCACCCGGACGGCGGAAUUUUAUGGAUUGACGCCCACGCAGACAUCAACACCCCAUCCACGACUCCGUCGGGCAACUUGCACGGGUGUCCAGUGGCGUUUGCGAUGGGGCUCGAGGAGGACUCGUGGCCGCCGCACUUUGACUGGAUCAAGCAGGUCAAGCACAAGGUCAGACCUGACCAGAUCGCAUACAUCGGGCUGCGCGACGUGGACCCGGGUGAGAAAAAGCUGCUGAAGGAGCUCGGAAUAGCCGCCUAUUCCAUGUACCACGUCGACAAGUACGGCAUCAACAAGGUGGUGGAGAUGGCUCUGCAGAAAGUCAAUCCGUCGGGCAACAAGCCUGUGCACGUGAGCUACGACGUUGACGCGAUCGACCCGCUCUACGUCGCUGCCACAGGCACCCCUGUGCGCGGUGGACUGUCGCUGAGAGAGGGGCUAUUUCUCGUGGAGGAGAUCGCCGCCACGGGCAACCUGGCCGGUCUCGACAUCGUCGAGGUGAACCCUGCGCUGGCCUCUACCGAAACACACAUUGUGGACACCGUCAACGCGGGGCUGUCCAUUGCCCGAUGCGCGCUCGGCGAGACCAUCCUAUAGAAAAAAAAAAUACUAAAUCAAUAUAUUCUGUAUCUACG